AUUAUUUUUUUCUUUUCCGCGGCGCCCGUUCCGCUGGCGUCGCUUCUCGCCUCCUUCUUCCCUCUGGGCCUCUGGAGGGGGGCUCGAGGUCCGCUGGUCGGCCCCCUACGCAUCAAUAGCAUGUCCAGCCGUGCCGCGCCUCAGGAGGUAGCAGCAGCGGCGGCGGCGGCGGCGGCGGGGACCGCGGGAGCCGUGCAGCAAGAACGGGGCCCGACGGGCGCUUUUCCUUUGGUGCUGAAGAGACUGAUGGAAAAUCCUCCGCGGGACGCACCCCUGGAUAAAGAGAAGAAGGAAAAACUUGAAGAAGAUGAAGCAGCAGCUGCAAGUACAAUGGCAGUCUCUGCCUCCCUCAUGCCUCCCAUUUGGGAUAAAACUAUUCCUUAUGAUGGGGAGUCUUUUCAUCUGGAGUAUAUGGAUCUUGAUGAAUUUCUGUUGGAAAAUGGAAUCCCUUCCAGUCCUGCUCAUCUAGAUCUGAAUCAGAAUCCCCUCCUGCCUGUGGCUGAACUGGAAGGAAAAGAAUCUGCCACUGUUGCUACCACUCCAUCUGCAUCAUCUUCCACAGUGGUUUUCAAUCUAUCAGAAACUACCAAAAAUUCAGAGUCUUCUCCAGGUGAGGAGGAAAGAUUGACUCCUAGCCCUGUUGAUCCAGAUUGUGUUGAGGUUGAUGUGAAUUUCAACCCUGACCCUGCUGAUUUAGUGCUGUCCAGUGUGCCUGGUGGAGAGCUCUUUAAUCCUAGAAAGCACAAGUUUGCUGAAGAGGACUUGAAACCACAGCCUAUGAUUAAAAAAGCCAAGAAAGUCUUUGUCCCAGAAAAUCAAAAGGAUGAAAAAUAUUGGACAAGGCGAAAGAAAAACAAUGUGGCAGCCAAGCGAUCUCGGGAUGCUCGGCGCCUAAAAGAGAAUCAGAUCACAAUCCGAGCUGCUUUUCUGGAGAAGGAGAACACAGCCUUGAGGACCGAAGUUGCAGAACUACGGAAGGAAGUGGGAAAAUGCAAGACUAUUGUCUCUAAAUAUGAGAGCAGAUAUGGAUCCUUUGACUUAUCCGAUUCCGAAUGAUGCAUCUUUAAAGACUCUUAAAAUCACAAAGAAACUAAAAACUACAUAUGAAACCACCUGCCAUCAAAGUGAACAGUGAGACAUAUGAGGUAUUCUACAAAAAAAUCAUCUGAUGACUGCUUCCCUGCAAGUAUCUCCUUGAACUACCUAAGGGCUGAGCAUGAUGAAAAGACGAAGGUCUCUAGUUCUACACUUCCCUUUGUACUGCUCUUUUCCUUGUUGAGGCAAUUUGCAGUACAUUGUUUAUUUCUUUUCAACCACAUAUGGUGCUUGUGAUUCGGAAAAUAGCCUGAGCAAGCCAUAGCUUUGCAAGGUAACUCUUAGGAGGAAAGAACAAGUUUUAAUUGAAAAUCACUUCACUAAAUUAAAAAAAUUGAACAUUCUGUUUUAGUCUAGAAAAGGGGUAUUGAUAUUGCCUCUAAACAUUGCUAAGUAAUAAUACUGUUGAAACAGAAAAUAUAAGAAAUGGACCAGAAUAUAUCCAAUAUCAAUAUCCAAUCAGUGAAAAAAACAAGCACCUGAAAUGCACUGCAUAUUAUCAAAUGUUGGUAGCUGUUUUUGUCAUUCAUAAACAUUGACAUUAGGUCUUCUUUCAAUCAUGAGAGCCGCGGAUAGGAGAGAUAAGAUAGAUUUGUGCAAGCAUCCCAUGGUUUCUAAGUUAGCAUUUUUCCUUCCUGACAUCUGAUUACACUCUUGUGAGAUUAUUGUGCUGAUGAGCUGAUGCAUUUUCACAGUAUGCUCUUUGUAAUAAAUGUAGUGCAGUUUGUCCUUGUUUUUCUAAACAUACUUUUAGCUUAUAGCUAUUUAAUAAAAAAACUAGUAUUAUAAUUAAUAAAGGACAGAUUAAAAGAUGCAAGAUGCAAUAAUUUUGGUCCACGUUUUCUCUAUUUUAAAUGGAGAUGGAGAGAGAUGAGAACUCAGUGUCUAAUUUUCUUUAUUCAGUGAAUCAGUUUGUACUAGCUCAUCAAAGGAGAAGUAGUUUUUUGGAUUUCUGAACUGCAAAUAAUAAUAAUAAUAAUAAUAAUGGAAUUACUUGUCAUCUUUCUUUAUAUUUCCUAAAGAAUUUGUGACCUUCAUAAAAGUUUAAUUUAGAAUUAUAAUAAUAUCAUACAGAAUAAUGAAAUGUAAUUCUGACACAUGCCUGUGAAGUUGUAGAAAUAGUUGAUAAACCACAUAGCAAACGUCGAAUGAUGAUAUGGGAAUUACAACUCUGUGGAAAUUAGAGUUGUAAUCUACAUUAAGUUGUGGUAUGUCAAAAUAAUACAUAGUUGGAUUUAUUAAUGGUGAUCACUCAGUUUAAGUUAUUUAAAAAGCAUAUAAGAGAUGAACAUUGCUGUUUCUAGUAUAUUUCAAAAGGUAAAGUAAAAGCUUAUUCAGAUUGAGCCCACCUCCUGGCGAUUUCAUGGACAUAUCCACAGUUUUCAUGGUAGCAAUACAGAAUAUUUUUUCUACUUCUCAGGCUAGCUUAGACUUCGUAUUCCUUGGUAAUUUGCAGUUCUGAUCCUAACAAGAUCCUGCUUAGCUUUCCAGGACAACCAAGGUAGGCUAGAACGUCUUUCCUAAAAUGCAGGUUUGAUUGUUUCCAAUUAGUAAGAAAAUAAAGAUGCUGUUUCAAAUUCUAUGAAAGUGGACUGUAAAAAUCUGAGAAAAUUUAUAUAAAUUAGAACCAAGUAAUCAUAAUAUCAAUCUUAUCUCAUGCUUUUCUAAAGACUGUGCUGCAAAUUCUUAUAACUUGCAUUUGGUGCCAGAUUUCUAAUAACUUUACUUACUAUCAUACAAAUGCAGCUUAUAAUAAUCUAUGUGUUAAGAUAUUCAUUACAUUCUUUGGCUAUAGUUUGUGAAGAUUUCAUGAAUGAACAAUAUAAUACAAUCUAGCAAAGGCUGUAGGAAUAUGUCAAAUGAUAUUGUAUAUAUUUAUGUCACUAAAAAUCUUCAGUAGCAGAAAUACUAUUAAUUGUUUAUGGCCUGCACAUAUAAGCCUUCAGUAGUGUAACAUACUAUGUUUGAAUACCAUGCUAUAAAAGUAUCUAUACAGCAGGAAAAUUGCAGUAUUUGACUUGCUUGUUAGUUGCUUGGAAGUCUUAUAAUCACUUUAUAUUUAACUACAAAAUUAUGUGAAAUUAUAUAACAUUUCUGAAUUUUGUUAGAAAUGACAUUAUCCCAAUUCAAAAACAAAUUUAGGAAAAUGAAGAGAAAGUAAAUUAAGAGAAAAGGUAUAGAUUAUAAGCACAAAUAGGCCCACCAUCUUUUGUAACUGUUUCUUGGUAAUUCCACUGUGGCAGAGAAAUAUAUUCUUCAUUUGAUGUAAUUCUUAGUAUUAUAUAUCCAAAUAAGUAAUGGAAAAUGAAGCCAGUAUAGCAGAUGUGAAAACUCUUUUGUUACCAGUUCCUUUACAAACUGGUAUGAUCUACGGUAGACAAUAGGAAAAAUUUGUAGGCAACAAUGAGUUUUAUAUGGGUAUUCAGGUUUUAUUCACCUGCCACUGAAUAGCCACAUGUUAUGAAAUUUAUUCUAAGUACUGGGGUGAAAAAUUCAUGAAAUAAUAUAGGAAUAAGUGAUUUUCAUGGCAUUCUAGACAAAAUUGCAAAACAUUUCUUAAAUAAAUUUGAAUUCACAAAAUAGAGAGAAAAGUCUACUAGCGUUGUUUUACUUGUUUGGUAGGAAAUGGGUGUUUUUAGAGUUUACCAUGCCUGCCAUGCAUUAUCUUUUUUCCUCAGUUUUCCUUUAUGAUUUCAAAUGAAACACUGUAAGAAGAAAAUAUUUUAAAAAUAUUUAAAACAACGUAUGUCAUAGGGUUCUUUCUAUAUAAAACAUUGCCAUUACAGAUAAAAAAAAUUUGCACUCUUUGCUAAAUACCAGCUACCAAAUAUUUGAGUUUCUUGAAAAAAGAGGUUUAGUGAUACUGGGAGUUUUAGUCAUUUUAUUUAGCCAGUUUAGCCAUUGGUUUCCCUUUGCUUUUUUACAUUCAGUAUCAAUUCAAAAACAAUAUUUUACCAUUUUGUCUAUAUUUAUCAUUUCAAUGACAACCAGAUACAUAAUAAUAAUUUGAUACCAUCAAGCGGUAUCUCAUAACAGUGGAGAAUAACAUAUCCCUUUUAAUUCAAUUUUAUCCAUAUACCUAUUUUAACAUUUUUAAAAAUUAUAAACUAAUAUUCCUAAAUAAUUCUUUUGAGAAGGCAUAGCAUAGUAUUUUUUUUUUAAAAAAAAUAUUGAAUAUUUGUGUGAACCUUCUACUUUGGUUUGUCUUAAAGGAGAUUUUGCAGUUUUCUGUGAUCUCUGUACAGAUUUUGUGUAAAAUUUUGAUAGUCUCUCAGUUUGGUAUAAUUGAUUCAAGAAAUAGUUGAUGAGACAUUUAUCUUAUAGUGAAUUCUGAAGCUUCUCGAAGCUUUGAUAUUUAAUCUAUGCUAUCUUUGUUGACAUUUUGUAUGAUUGCAAAAAAUCAGCGAAAUCGGUAGCUUUUUAAAAGUACAGUAUAUAUUUAUUGGCAUUUUUCCAUGUCCAUUUUGAGCUAUAUUGUAUUUUGCUGUCUGGAAUAAUCAAAUAUUUAGAUGUAGAAAGUGGAAGAGAAUGAGCAGGAAAGCUUGCAAAUAUAUUUUGAAAUUUUUAGAAAAAUAUUUUUUGAAUAACCAAAAGUAACUGAUGCUGCACUUUAAUACUCAUAAUAUUUUUCCUUUGUUUGCUUGUUUUUGAUAUACAAUCCCCAAAUUUUAGCUUCAAAUUAAUCAAAUCAAAUUGCAUUUUAACAGUUCUUUUCUUCAAUGCACAAGUGAAAUGCAUUUACAUCCAAAUCCUUUACAGUUUUUAAUUACAGUACAGGUAGUCUUUGACAUGACCAUUCAUUUAAAAUUGCAAUUGAAAAAAGUGACUUAUGACUGGUCCCUGCACUUAACAAUUGUUCCCUUAGUCAUAUGAUUGCAAUCCAGGGUGCUUGGCAACUGUGUCACACUUUCAACAUUCAUGGCAUCCCAAAGUCAUGUGAUCCCUUCCAGCUGACUUCUGAUAAGGAAAGUCAUUGGGGAAACCAGCAGGAAAGGUCACAAGUCACAGUCACGUGUUGUCUUGCUUUAACAACCACAGCAACAAAGGUUGUAAAAUCAGGUGCAGUCACAUGAUACAUCUCUUAAUGAGUGUAUCACUUAAUGAUGAUUUUUUUAUUCCCUGUUCUAGUCGUAACUCUAAAGACAAGUUAUACAAGCAGUUUGCCUAAAGCAGAAAGUAGAAGAAAGAUACAAAAUUGCUUCUUAGCUCUGCAUCCACAACUAUCAAUCAAACAUUUAUCAACAGUCAGAGGUCUGCACUUGUAGGCAUAGAAGCUUCUGGCAUUCCCCAUACAGGUAACCCUUGACUUACAACCACAAUUGGAAUUUUGGUCAUUGAAUGCAGCUGUCAUUAAGCAUGACAGCUUUGCUCAAUGACUGAGAUGCUAGCAUUCCCAGUUGCAGUUGUUAAUCACUCCCAGGUAAGGAAUGCAGGUUGCCUUGGAAACCCUGUGAGGAAACCCUGCGAGGCCCAGGCAAACCAUGAGUUUGGGGGGGUGCAGCAGUGACACUGAGUGGCAGCCAUCCAUGAAAACCUCACUACUCACCUGGCCCACAAGCCCAGGCAAAGCCGUGAGAUUUGGGAAGCCUUAUUGCCCAUAUAGCCCACCAGUGCAUGCAAAGUGCCCCACUUACCUUUGCCAUUUUUCCUCCAGAUGCUGACAGGUGUGCCCACCUUAUGUGAGAUGCAGCCUUCUUACAGAGGCUUCCUCGUGCUGUUUUCCAAGCUAGCGCUAGUCUCGCGAUCUUUUGGAAUCCCUCCUCCAAAAUGUUCUGUAGUGGAGCUGAAAAUCGUCUGUGUCAAAAUCCAGGCAGGGUUUUCAACCCCAGAGCAGAGACGCUUCUGAAUUCUCAUCCCAGAAGCUAUUUGGGAGAUGGUAUUGCACAGGGAAAAAAGAAAAAAAAAGGUGAAAGCAUUUUUUCCCAGCACAAAGUCAGCUCCAGCCCCAUUUAGGAGCACUUGGGGUUUGCU